AUGUUAACGAGUGGUUCAAAUGUAAUAGCCGGUCUGUCAUUACAUUCAGUGGAUUUGGAUGACGUGCCAGAGGCGAUGAUCGUUGGCAGCGGCGGUAACAAACGGCGAAGUAUUGCUAGUUCAUGUUCAUCAGUGACGGGUGACUCUUUAAAAGGUGAUAAUGGCAGCAGCGUAUUCACUGGUCCCGGCGCCACUGCCGUCGAAGGCAUCGAUGGUGUUUCAGCCGGUAGAGCAGCUGCUAUAGCAGCGCUUACAAGAGUAGUGUGCUCAAAAAGGACAAAUGAGAAACUUCCCAAUCAGCAGUUAGGCAACUUUCUGUCGACCAUACACGACGCGUUGAUUGAAAAGGAUCGGCUCGUGCUCUGCUCGCUAUUCUUUUAUGGACAAAAUCUAUUUCGAUUAGGACUUAUUGGAGUGGAAGCCAUACUUCCACAUUAUUUAUUUGCACUGGAUAUAAUCUUAAUUGAGAGCGCCAAGUUAAGGUUGCAUCCAUCCAUCCCUGAAGUGGAAAUGCGACGAGCAUGCCUUCGUGCGCUCUCAUCUGUUGUAUGCUGGCCGACGACAUUUGGAAUGAGUAAAAUACCGCAGAUAGCCGAAAGCUCCAACUUAAAGUCGUCAGCCACCAGCUACUUGCAGUUACGAUCAAGGAUCUACAAAACCUUAGUUUUCAGUCUGCGAAACGAAACAGAUCCUGUAAAUCUGCAUCUGACUUUAGCGAUGUGCACAGUCCUUAUGGAAGAGAGUUGCGCGUUUGAUCUUGGAUUAACUGAGGAACAAACUGCCGAGAUGAUUAAAAUGUCAACUCUACAACAUGGAAAUCAAACACCAGAGAAAGGGCUCUGUGUGUCUUUUGUACGAGGACUAGUAUCAGCAAUAUGUGAUCGAAUAUGUCGUCCGGAAUGGGCUGGUGAGCACUCAGUCUCGUUAGCUGCAAUAGAUGUUCUGAAUUGCUUAUCACACUUGCAUCCAACGGUUUUGUUCAAUAACAAGGACGUUUCCACCGGAUCUCUUAUCGUCGCGUCGCUAUGUCGUUUCAUAGAAACUCAACUAAGCAAACCACCUCCGCUGCACUCUAAGGAUCUGCACUCGACUGUGAGUCUAGUUUUCUAUCUAAUUAUGUGCUGGUAUGCAUUUAAUUAUAGUUCAAAUUCUUAA